AUGGCGGGCAAAUCAAAGAAGUUCACCGUCGGCGUGUUUGGCGACCCGGGGGCGGGCAAGACAACACUCAUCCAUCAGUAUCUCUUCGGGCAAUAUCUCGAAGAGCACAAAAACAUGGUGCACUACGGCAAAUGGGUCAAAGUCGAGUCGGAGCUGAUCGAACUCGACAUCAUCGAAACGGGCAACGACCCCGUGGACUAUCCCGAGUUCGAUGCCAUGAUCUUUGUCUUCAGCACCUCGUCCUCGGCGACCUUCCACUCGGUGAUGCGGUACCAGAACAGCCGCCGGCGCCUGGUGGCCCUGGUCGGCACCAUGACCGACUAUCACGGGCAGACGGUGGCGUACGACACCGGGCUCGAUCUGGCCAAGAACAUGGGCGCCGGGUACUUCCACUUUUCCCCGCAUCAUGGCUGGGGGGUGCAGACGCCGUUUGAGUUCUUGCUUCGCCGCUUCGUCGUGCAGCAGCCCAAGCAGGUCGAGAUCAUCCAGGUGCCCUCGAUCAACGUAUACCAGUGGGUGCGAGCCAAGUGGUACGUCCACCGCAUCAAGAAGCCCAGGAGCAAGGUCUGGUACGACGACUAG